CGUGCGAAAGACAGAAGAGAAAAGAAAUCGUAAGGAGAGGGUGAUAAUGGUGAUACGAGAAAAUAGACGUGGGUGUAGGUACAAUCAGUGAGAAAGACAUAGAAAGAGAAGUCAGAGCGACUUUAUGAAAGUGGUGGGAAAUCCUGGACCAUGCGCUCUGGCACUUGGGAACAUAUUGUGAUCGUAAAAUUUAAAGAGGAAGCCGAGAAGACGCUUGAGAGACGUGGCCAGCAGUUACCAGAGAUCGGGCCGCUGUGCCGGCGAUAACAUCAAGGUUGAGGAUGCGACGACGGUGGAUCAACUUUCAAUUGACCACAGGGAUUCCACGGCUGAGCAUCCGCAAAUUCCAACUUGGAAACCGGAAGGAUUAGCGGAAAUUUUUCGUUCUGAUUGCUAGUAGUAUCGUUUUUUAAGGUGCUGUGGAAGACAUAGCAAAUAAAAAUUUGAGUAUGAUGGCUGGAGGAACAUGGAGUGGUUGGUUGCAAAGGUGUCGGGAGUCUCGGAAACUUGUCCUUGUCAUCGUAGCUAUCGCACUUCUGUUGGACAAUAUGUUGCUUACUACUGUCGUGCCGAUCAUUCCAGAGUUUCUUUACGAUAUCAAACACCCCAAUAACACUUUAAGUCAACACUUAGAUGGACCUCACUAUACAACUCGUCCAAUGACCAUUGCUAGCAUCAUAAGUACUCCUAUUCCACCAACUAAAUGCACCUGUCCUCAACUGAAUGCUUCAAAUAGCGGGCAACUGGAAUUUCUUCAACUAGUAACGAGUACUUCGUCUCCCAUCGCGAAUGGUUCUAUAGCUAAUGUGCCCACAACUAAUGCCACGAGUUUAGAAAAUCUGGAAAAAGCUCAAAGACAUCGAGAAUUGCUAGAGGAAACUGUCGCCGUAGGAAUAAUGUUUGCGUCAAAAGCUUUUGUUCAGUUACUAGCUAAUCCUAUAGUAGGACCUCUGACUCACAAAAUUGGAUACAGCGUUCCCAUGUUUGCUGGAUUUGUCAUUAUGUUCAUCUCUACUUUGGUUUUUGCUUUUGGUCGGAGCUACAGUGUCCUUUUUAUCGCUCGGGCAUUACAGGGUAUAGGUUCUUCUUGCUCAACUGUUUCCGGCAUGGGAAUGUUGGCGGAAAGAUAUCAAGACGAUAAAGAACGAGGUAAUGCAAUGGGUAUCGCACUUGGUGGAUUGGCUCUGGGAGUUUUAAUAGGGCCACCAUUUGGUGGAUUAAUGUAUGAGUUUGUGGGAAAAUCUGCACCGUUUCUUGCAUUAUCGGUCCUGGCUUUAGGUGAUGGACUGCUUCAACUUCUGAUGCUGCAACCAACUGUCGUUUACACUGAAACUGCGUCACCAUCAUUGAAAGCCUUAAUUACAGAUCCUUAUAUUAUCGUAGCUGCAGGUGCAAUCACGUUUGCCAACAUGGGAAUUGCAAUGCUGGAGCCCAGUUUACCGAUUUGGAUGAUGGACACAAUGGGCGCAAGUCGAUGGAAACAAGGCGCCACUUUCCUUCCAGCCAGUAUUAGCUACCUCAUAGGUACUAAUCUAUUCGGGCCACUCGGCCAUCGAAUGGGAAGGUGGCUGGCAGCAUUAGUUGGAUUAAUUGUUAUUGGGUUUUGCCUGAUGCUCAUACCUCUAGCAACGAAUAUCAAUCACUUGAUAAUGCCGAAUGCUGGUUUAGGCUUCGCGAUUGGUAUGGUCGAUAGCUCAAUGAUGCCAGAGUUAGGAUACUUAGUUGAUAUAAGACACACUGCUGUUUAUGGCAGCGUUUAUGCGAUUGGUGACGUUGCAUUCUGCUUGGGUUAUGUUGUUGGUCCUGCUUUGAGUGGAACUCUAGUCAACACGAUUGGUUUUGAAUGGAUGCUCUUUGGAACCGCAAUGUUAUGCUUUUUAUAUGCACCUCUCAUGUACUUUUUGAAAGCCCCUCCAACGAAAGAAGAAAAAAAGUCUCUAAUCAUCGGGGAGAAGUCAUCAGUUCGUUACGUCUCUUACGAAAAUGAUGAAGAGGAACAAUAAAGAGUAUCGCAAUCAUUGAGUAAAUUUUUUUUUUCCAUAUUAUGUUCAUAAAAUCUAUUAUUUCUUCAUGGCCCGCUUCGCAGGAAAAAAUUCAAAAUAACCCACGUGUUAGUUUUAUUAAUUUCUUAACAUAAAUUAUAUUAAUUUAUAGUACAAAAAAAAUGUAAGCUUGUGGAUCUGGUUUUGCUUUUUUACUACACAGAAUAAUAAUUCAGGGUCGCAAGUAGAUAUUUAAUAAUUAUGGAUACGAUCUAGUAAUGAAUGAUUUACUUUAAUUGGAGAACAAUUUUUCUCCGUGUAGUUGAUAAUUUAUUCUAGUAAAUGAGUGAUUAAUAAUUGAGAAAAAUUCGCAUAGAUGGCGGCCUGACAAAUUACGGACAUUGUUUAAAGACAACCGGCGAUCAUGGCCGAGCGGUCUAAGGUGUAAGACUUAGAUCUCUCGAACAUGAUCACUGGCCAGGCGUGGGUUCGAAUCCCAGUGGAAGCCGAAAGAAUUUUCCACGCAUAAAGUGUGAGGUCUUUCGGACCUGAGAUUCGUCCCGAUGCCGACAUUUAAAUAAGAUCGGUAUAAAGAAAAUGAAUUUGAUUUGAUGUGAGGUAAUCUGUGGACUAUGUUUUCUUAAGCUCAAUGGAAUUGUGUUCCUGAGCGUUCUUGUAACUUUAGAAUGACCAGACUCGCUUUAAUUAAAAAAAAACAAUUGGUUAAUGACUUUAUACUUGACUGUUGUAAAUCUCUUAUUAGAUAGUAUUUAUAUAUUUAAAAGAAUAGUGAAUUCCUAGCAAAAUCAGUCGUGAGUCCAGAAAAUAAAAUAGUUUUUCUAUUUUCGGUUAUUUUCCUUACUAUUGGCUCUAACAUUGAACUACAGUAGAGCUUUGAUAUUUUUAAAAAAUAAACGUUUUAGUAGGUUUCGCAUAUCUUGAUAAGACAAAUCAAUCGGACAGGAAAUUAAAUUUUUUAAGGUCAGGAUAAGGACGAGCUAUUAUUUAAACACAAUGAAUACUUUAAAAUUUGAAAUUUUUCUUUCAACCUAACUUCAAUUCAUUGAUUUUUGAAUAUCAUCGAAAUAUAAAUUCGUAACCUAACCCAACUAUAAAAUGACAAAUGUAUGGAAUUUUCGAACCUAGUUCUGUAAAAUGCAUGUUGAAACUUAUGAUUUAAUUUUCUUUUUAUUCAAUUUUUGUGCAACGAUUUUUCUAAAAUUCGAAGGACAACGAAAGUAUUUACAUGAUUUUAUUUUGAAAUAUUAUACCCCCUCAAUAUAUUGUGUUGAUCAUAAUUAAGUAAGUGAAAAUUUUCCGUUAGUCAUUUGAGAUAAGUGUGCGCAGUGGGUAAGUAUGCGCAAAACCAUGCAUUGAUGUCCGAAAACGCACACUUGCCCCAAAUAACUCUAACACUUUAUUGGUAAAUUUCUUGAAGUCAGAGGACAAGAAAAAUUUUAUCAUAAUUAACGACAGUUUUCAUUUCUUUUUAUGAAAUUUUCCACUCAGGAAUCUAGGUCAUAGUUUUUAUCACAAUCAAUCACAUUUUUUUUCAAUGCAAUCAAUAGUAUUGUAGUAGAAAAAAAUGAAAGACAUUUUUCAUUAGCCAUAGCUUAGCUAAUUAGGGCUUGGGUUUGUCAGCUGAUCAUAUUUCUUGAAAAAAAAAAAAAAAAAAUGAUUGAUAAAUAUAUAAAUACUAUUUUUGGGUAGAAAACGUUGCUUUGGCCGAGUUUAUAAUUUUUAAUUCCUUAAUUUCUUCGAUUACAAAGAAAAAAAAAAUAGAUUCACUGUAACGAUGCAUAUUCUUGAAGUUGAAAGAAAUUUUCAAUAUAUUAUUGAAAAUAAAAUGUUUUUUCUUAAUAAGAUAUGCAUGAUGCAUGUUGUGAGCUACUUGUACCGUCUGUAAUAUACAUUUUACUUUUGAAAGUAUAAAAUAUUAAUAAUUUAUGCUAAACGUGAAAGAAGACAUGAUAAUUUUUUUAGGUUAACAUUUGAGGUUUUAAUUUUUUAAAGAUUAUAUAGUCGACCCAUAGAAAGUUCGGGAUUUUGCCGUACCACAAUUAUUCCUUCUUUACCACAAUAUUUGGAUUGGCACAUGCGCAAAAUAUCUUUUUCAGAAUGUUAUAGUGGAGGGACAAAGAAUAAUGGUAGGGAAAAAUCCCAGGCUGUUUCCGGGAUGACUAUAAUUAGUAAUUGAUAAUAUUGAUUAAUCAAAAUAUAAUGUUACCUAAAUGGUUAGAAAUUAACCCCUUAGCGUUUGGGAGUCUCGAAAAGUCUCGGGGUGUGUCGAGUGGGGGAGCGCGAAUCAAAAAGCAUCGUGGAUUCGUAUGCGUGCAAUGUGAGAGUAGUAGUGUUACUGUGUGUCCCUUUUCACUCAUUUUAACCCUACUUUGUGUACAACGACCCGCUUGAACAUGGAGUUAGGUUUCAAAAUCAAGCGCUAAUGGGUUAAUUAUCUAAAUCAUUACUAUUUUCAAUUAUGAUGAACGUAAUAUAAAUUUAAGUAUUAGAACUCAUUAAAAAAACAUGAGUUGGGAUUGGCGAAUUAAUUAUUACUAAAAGUAGUCUAUUUUUCUCGUGUAACAAAAUUAUAUUGUAAUCAAAAUUUCGAUAUUUGAAGAAAACUACCUGGUCAAGAUUCUCUGAAUGGCUGCAGAGAAACUGCGCAAUAAAAGCAACUAGGUUUUAUGAAAAGUUUUCAAAUUUUGGAUUUAAAUUAGUAACUAUUGUAAUUUUUAUAUCUUCAAUUAAUUAUGAAGAAGAAUAAUCUGAGAAAAUGGAACUACUUUUGGAAAUGAUUAAUAACGAUAUUUGAUACUGAAAUUAUUGCAUUUAAAUGAAAUACGGAAGUAUAAGUUUUGAAAUGGAGUAUUUCAGCGAGGUGUUUGUCAAAGUGCCAAAAAUUAAAUGAAAAAGUAUUUAAAUACAUUUGUAAUGAUCUAAUGAUGAUAAAUUUGAAGCGAAAAUCUUUCUAUUAAUUAAUAAUAUUAAUAAUGCUAAUAAUAAUAUUUGUCUAGUUACAUAAUAAUGUUGAUAAAAAUUUUUGAAAAAUGGAACCUUGAAUAGAAAAUUCGUAGAAGCAAUACAAAGUUUCAUGUACGCACGUAUACUUUUCACUUCAGAAGCUUCACUUAUAUAAUACACUAAUUAGCUUUAUUGUAGAAUGCAUACAAUAAUAAUACAUAUUUUAAAAUAUUUACUCUAUUGUAACUGUAGUUAUAAAAUUAAGAAAGUUGAUGUUGAAAAAAAUCGUACUGUGGCUGAAUAAAUUUUUGACUCGGAAAUUUAUUUUUUAGACGAGGGAGGUUUUUUUCAAAAAAUUUUACUCGUCUAGAAAAUAUGAUUAUAAGAGAUCAAAUUUUCUCUAUAUAAGAUGCAUUAAAACAAGUUUAGAUAUCAUCAAUAUAUAUAUAAUAAUCUGUACUGGCGUGUAUUUUAUCUACUUAAAAAUUAAUUACAUCUUGUUCAGAUCCUAAAUUACUAUUGAAAGAACUAAGCGCUGAUUUACUGUAUUGAGUUGGGUGGCCCGAAAAAAACGACUACUUUUUUUUCGAGGCUCAUAUGAAAAUUUGUUGGCUCAACAUUUUUUAAAAACCCUCUCGAAAAAUCAGCUCGAUUCAAAAUUUUAAGGGGUCACUAAAAAAUUUCAAAAUUUCCAAAAAUGAUUGAACUUCGGAUUUUGUUCUUCUAGAUUUUUUCUUUCUCGUGGCAGAAAUAUUUUCUAAAUGUAAAAUCAAUACCAUGCUGAAAAUUUUUGCUUGAAAUAUAGACUUUUGAACGUCGCUCAAAAAUUAUGAAUAUUAACUCAUAAUAUUUUAUUAAUACUUUGAAUUAUUUUUCGUACUUUUUUAUGACUCAAUUGUCAUUUUACUAAUUUAUAAUUUUGCAUAACUAAAAAAAUACUGGACAGUUUCAAACAAUAAAAUUGGCCAAGAUUAGAAUUAUCAAAAAAACCAAAAAUUGAAUUAAAAAAAAAAGUAUAUAAAUAACUAAAUUUUUUUUGUCUUGGGUUCUAUUUUUACUCAUUAUGAUACAAAUUAAUGGUAAAAAAAUCAAGAAGCUUUAAUAUUAAUAUUCAAGGGUCGCUCAAAAAUGUCCAAAAGUCAGUACUCGGAAAAAUUCAAAAUUCCUAAGCGACAACUAAAUAUUUAAAUUUUUGACUAAAAUUUUCAGCAUAUUCGAGAUUUGAAAUAAAAUAAAUUGCUGCCAUGGGAAAUAAAAAAUUCAGAAAAAAAACUGAAUUUCAAUCAUUUUUGGAAUUUUCAAAAUUUCUGUGCGACCUCUUAAAAAUUUUUUAUCAAGCUGAUUUUUGGAGAGGGUUCUUAAAAUUCGUUAAACCAAAAAAUUUUAAUACGAAGCGCGAAAAAAAUAGUCGGUUAUUUCGGGCCUCCCUACUAUGAAGUGAAUAAACACUUGAUCAAACUAGAACAUUUAUUAUUAAUAAUUAUUUCGUAACUCUCGAUAUAUAUCUAUGUGUGCAUUUGAAUGAAAAAAUGAUCUAGACUUAACGAGAUUCAAUCAAAUCUACUCAAUCUAAUUCUUGAGCAAAUUUACUUUGCAUAUAUAAAGAAAAAUACAUAUAUCUACUUAAAUAGAGGUGAAAUAAAUAUAUAUGAAAGAUUAUUAAUAAAAUUGGAUUUAUAUGAAUCUAAAUAUUAAAUAACUACGUAAAUCUAAUUCAUUAUCUUUCUUGGAUCAUACAUAUACUUAAAUAUAUAUAUAAUAAUAUGACAUGAAGAAUUUAACUCGAAUUAUGUAGAGCUUUAUAUCGUUGAUGUUUAUCUCAUAUAUAUUAGAAAUAAUAGUAGAAUAUUAUAAGGGUUCCAUUGAAGAUAAAAUUCUUAAAACCAAAACUAUUUGUCAGAUUUUCGCUGCGAAUUUACUUAAAAGCCGCUUGCGGCUACUCCUUAUACGCAACGCGAGUCAAUUUAAUAAAAGUGUUUGAAAUCGAAAAAAAAACAAAAAUGAUGAUCACUGACACAUUGACAAACACCUACAAAUACUGCAUGAAAAACAGAACAACGUAAAGUACUUCCGUUAUAAAAUUUUGAAUGCAGAUAGUGCCAAAAAAGAUGAUUGAAAUUGUAUACAUAUAACUCGAUCAUAUCGUAAAAUAUUUACCAAAAAUAUAUGAUUGUAAACGAAAGUAUGAAAAAAAGUAUUGAUAAAUGAUUAUUUGUAAAAUUAAUGAUAGUUUAUGAAUAUUAUAUACAGUCGAAUUUCAUCAACUUGACAGUUAGUCUUUAGAAGAAGGGAAAUUUCCUGGGAAUCCCGACUUAUCGAAUGCCCUUCCCCCUUUGGAGAGUAAACUACUAUCGGGUGGGGGCAGCGUAGCUCAUAGUGGGGGUCAAGAUUGAGGGGAAGUUUCGAGUUAAUGGAAUCUGGGUUAACCCUUUAUCGUUUGGGAGUGUGAGUAUAAUCGAGUGCGGAAAACGCGAAUCAAGGUCGUGGGUUCGGAUGCGUGCAAUGUGAGAGUAGUAAUGUUACUGUUUGUCCAUUUCCACUCAUUCUAACCCUACUUUGUGUACAGUAACAGUGCCGUAGUUACAUAGCUAAGUUGAAUAUGGAAAGAAAAAAUUUUUUUUCUAUACUACGCCCCUGCGGAUGCUACGGGCCCACAGUUUCCUAACGACCCGCCUGAACAUGGAGUUGGUUUUCAAAGUCAAGCGCUAAAGAGUUAAUGAAAUUCGACUGUAUACUGUUUUAUAGUUUAUUUAUAUUGUAUAUUGGUAUACUUUUAUUUCAUCUUUAUGUGAAUAACAUCAAGCUUUCAUAUCUAGUAAUUAUAUUAUAUCGGUAUUAUAAACGGCCGACAUAUAGUUGAAUUGCCAAUGCAAUCAAGACAAAUAAAAUUUAAUUAUAGAUAAAUGUUAUUGAAAAAAAUGAAAAAACAAAAAAAAAUUGCUAUGGAAAUCGGUUAGCGUACAUUAGUAGAAAAUAAACAUCUCAACGGACAUGGAUAUACAUAAAUAUAUAUAGCUUCUUUUUUUUUUCAUUACGUAUGUCCAAUACGAAUGAUAAGAACUUUAAUUAAAAUUGGAUGAUAUCUGAAAUAAUGAAGAAAUUUCAAACAUAUGAUGAAGUUUGUGCGAUGAUUAUUAUAUGUACUUAACUUUCGGGCUGCUAUUGUGAACAGACAAUAAGCCAUGAUAAUGAGCUCGACUCCCCCAAUCUUAUAUUGAUUGGAAUGUAGAGUUUUUUUUUUCAACAAAAUAUACGUCAGUUAAUGAUUUCGUUUAUUUGAACUUAACUGUUUUUAUUAUCGUCGUUCUUUCACGUAUGCAUAGAAGUCAAAAAGUAUGUUAUCAAAUAUCAUAUUAAUAUAUAAGUAUUAAAUCAAAAAUUACAUAUUAAAUAAUAUAUUGAAGUGUAAAAUUUAUUGAAUUAAAGUUUUGCGUGGAUGCGUAAUUUAUUAUUUAUAAUAUUAUUGAAAAAAUGAUCUAUGUUAUUAAAUAUAUUUAUAUUGUGAUUUGUGAUGAGAUUUUAAAAAAAAUUAUUGACACAAAAUAUAUUUCCAUUAUAAUAAAACUAAUGAGCUGGUGUAUGGGUCCGAUUUAUGUCUGUUUUAGUAAGGGAUAACAAGAAAAGAGGAUUAGAGUAUAUAUUCUCUUCUUUACUUUAUUAUACUUGAUUGAAGAAAAAUAAUAAUUAAAUAAACAUAUUAUAAA